AUGUGGAUGCUGGCGUUAGGUGGGGUUUUCCUGGCCACUGCCCAGGCCUGUGUCCUCUGCCACCUCUCAGCCCGUGACUUGUCGGGCCGCCUGGCUCAACUCUGCAGCCGAGUGGAGGUUCUGUGGAAGGAUUGUGGGACCUCCUGGAGCUUCCCGGCCUUUGCCUUAGAUGAGGCAUCCAUGAACAAAGUCAUAGAGAAGACUCACAGAGUCCUGAGGGUCAUGGAGAUCAAAGGGUCUCUCUCCUCUCUCCCCUUGUAUUGGCGUUGGCUGCAAAACACCAAGCUCCCAGCUUACACCAGGGAAGCUCUCUGCGCGCCCGCCUGCCCGCUGGUCCCGCUGUCUCCUGCAGGGGGCAGCACCAUCCUGUAUAACUGUUCCACCUGCCAGGAAUUCGAGGUGCGCUGCUGGCCCCGAAAGCGCUGCCUCCCAGGAAGUCACGAUCUUUGGGAAGCCAAGAUUCUGCUCCUCUCUGUCUUGGUAGCUGCCCUGCUGCUGGGUGUUAUGAGCCUCGUGGUGGAGUGA